GCGCCUUUCUGCUAGGCAUCAACUCUGCCUCAACUUACGAUCACCAUUGUCGUGACUCAUUCUUCUCAUCCCAUAUCCAUGUCCAUAUGCCUGUACUAACUUGUAUAUAAUCAUUCUCACCUACUCGAGUGACCCAACAUAAUAUUGCCAACUCAAACUCUCAACGUCUUGUAACCAUGAUUAACUAAAUACCUUAUACCUUAUCAUCAUUAUUAAUCACCAUCAUGAAGUCUCCAUCAUAUCAAACAAUUAUGAAGACCUAUUUACAUCAUUCACUAUGGCGUCUCAGGCAUCCCAAGGCGGGGAGCCUCUCCUUAGGCUUCAAACCGAUGGCCCUCCAGUAACAGCAACACGCAUUGACUUUUCUCAAUCCCCCCUUGCAGACCACUAUAGUCCUUACUUCGCCAUGGUCAUAGAUAAUCUUCUCACGCCAGAUGAAUGUGCCGCAGUCCUCGCAUCAGCAGGUUCCGACUGGAAGACCUUAAACAAGGGCGAGUCGUGGCGUGAGUGCGAACAGAUUCUAUCUGUCUCUCCCGAGUGGGCCAAUGCUCUGUCCCAGAGGCUUGCGCCGUACCUACCUGAGGAAUCCAAGUCCCUAAGGAAGGGUGAUGUGCUAUCUGGGCACAUUGCCGGUCUGCAAAACCCAAAGGCGAGCCAAGGAGCUAGUAAGACAGUCUGGAAGCUGAGAGGAGCCGACGAGAGACUCAGCUUCCUGCGGUACCGGCCUGGUAACCACUUCAAGCCGCAUUGCGAUGCCUUAUAUUCACCUGGAGGUGGGGAAAAGAGCUUCUUGACCUGUCAGAUAUACUUGAGUGACAUGCCUGAAGAGGAUAUAGAUGGGGAUGGCUCGGGAGGGGAAACAAGAUUUUGGCCGAGUCGUGUAGGCAUGGGGAAGAAGAAGAAACCUGAAGAUCAAAAGGAUGAAACUGAACAACAGGCGAAGGAAGAGUCGUUUCUCGAUGUCAAGCCGAAGAUGGGCAGGGCAUCAGUCUUCCAACAGCGGAUGCUAUGGCAUUCUGGACAAGAGGUCAAGCACGGGGAAAAGUUCACCGUUCGGCUGGACUUGAUGUACGAGCAUCUUUUCGAGAAGCCGUCGAGGUAGGUUUGAAUCAUGUUUCUUCAGUUACUUCGUAAAUAUAAUUUUAACUACUCUUUUAUCUUGUAACCUUCACUAGUUAUAAUAUACAGUAUGUUUCAGUUUCUUCCUUAUACAUAGUUCUACGUUGCAGUGAUGCAGAAAUAGUAAAGUGAAUUAUCUAAGUAAUUGAGAGUAUCUCAUAGCUUGUUCAGACACCCAUAAUAAUAUAAC